GAGAGAGAGAGAGAGAGAGAGAGAAGCUCUGAGCAGUUCCGCUUUGGAUCUCCGGGAAGCAAGGUUCAUCUCCUCCGCAAGAAAGAAAGGGAGCCUGAAGGGUCUGGGAGGUUAGAAGGGAGCGGAUUUCCUGCGGAGACUUGGGACGCGGCAGAACUCUGGACAGCGCCUCGAGAGCGGGGCUCCUUGCUCCUGGCUCCUCCAGGUUUCUGGCUCCUUCUUGAAAGCCCUUCUACCCGUGCACUCUCCUCUCCUGGACUCCGACCACCGAACCCAGGAAAAUCCUACGAUUCCUGUCUGAACGUGUCAGGGGGUGGAGCGACUCUUUUGCCUCUGGCCCGAUCCGGGAAGAGGGUCUCCGGUUCUGGAAAUCUAGUCCUUGUGGAUAAUGCUUCGCUGGUGAAGAAAGAAAAGUUUUGGGGUCUGGUAGGGGGCGGAAGGGGUAAGGAGGAUAGUGGAAGGAAGAAGGUGGAUGGUUGGUUUCCCUCUCUGAUCUGGAAGGAAUGAUGACCGAGGAAGGAUGUGCACCAGCGGCCAGAUUAUUGGGAGCCUCUUGGUGCUCUCUGUGCUGGAGAUAGGGCUGGGGGUGUCCAGCGUGGCCGUGGGGGCGGUCAGCUUCAGCCUGGCCCUCCGAGAGCACAAGCCGCAGCUCGGAGACUCGUCCCCGGUAUGGAGCGGGGUGUGUUUUCUUCUUUGUGGCAUAUGUGGAAUAUUGUGCGCCAAAAAAAAAUCUGGACUUGUCAUGAUCCUUUUCUCUGCCUGCUGCAUCUGCGGCCUCAUUGGGGGCAUCCUGAAUUUUCAGUUCCUUCGGGCAGUGACAAAGAAGACCUCGUCCCUCUAUCCUCUGCAUCUCGCCUCCAUGUCCCUUGCGUGCAUCGGGAUCGGCGGCUGCACGCUGUCUUCCUGGCUCACCUGCCGGCUGGCCAGCUACGAACAGAGGAGGAUGUUCUCGGAAAGGGAGCAUUCGCUGCACCACUCUCACGAAAUGGCUGAGAAAAGAUUGAGGGCUAUUGAAAUAACCGACUUGCCCAGCUGCCCGGUGGUGCCCCCGACACCAGAGUUACCUACAAGGAAAUGACAGACAACAUGAGCAAUGGAGGACCACAACUGAUAUUUAAUGGAAGAGUAUAAUCAAUGUUUUAAAGAACUGAACAUUUUUUAGGAUUUUCAUGAGGAAAGAAAAUACCAAAGGACUAGGCGAUAACAUUAAAAUAGUUCUUGCAUUUGCUGUUAUCUUCCAUGAGCACCCAGUAUAAUCAUUCUCCCUUGGUUUUGCCUCACUUAUUUCUUCAGCUUUUUUAAUUGGGUGAGAACUUUCCAGAAAUAUUCUGGCAGUAAUUUGAACAGACUUUCCAGAUUGUUCGAAAGACUUUUCAGGAAAAAAAAAAAAAAAGGAGAAAUAAACAGAAAGAUUCAUAUUCUACAAAAACACUGUUUGACUAGCAUGAGUAUUAGAUUUAUAAUGACAUAUUUCAUAUAAAUAAUCAAAAGUGCAAAUAUCAAGAAAUAACAAUAACUUAUUGAUGUCUUUGUUUUGAAAGACAAUGGCUUCAAGAAUACCACAAUUCAAAACCUCAGUAAUGCCUUGUUAUAAAAACAUUAUAAUUAUUUCCAAUUUGUGAAUGAACUAUAUUUCAUAAUUUAUUUGUAAAUGACAAAAAAACCCCAACCCUAAAGCAUAAAAAAGAAAUUUUUUUUAGAGAGAGACCAUACUAAUCUGUAUGAUAUUUUUGCAUUUUUACACAAGGGUGAAAAGUUAUAAAUGAAUAUCAUUUAAGGAAAAUAAAUAUGUUUUGAUUAUACCGUGCAGAUUGAUCUGCAUGUUCAUGAAUGAGCCUAAGAAUAAAAUAAAGUAUGCGUGUGUAUGUGUGUGUAUAUAUACUGUAAAUAUAGAAAAUAUAUACAGCAUAUAUUUAUAGCAUUCAUGAAUGUAAAUAGGUAAUCAGAACGAAAUUGUAAUGCUGUUGGGGUAUUAUCAAGAUUCUAUUCCCAAAGAGAUGGGAAAGCAAUUUUUCAAGGCUUUUCUAUGCCCACAAAAUCACACGUUUGAUUUCUACUAAAUUUGUUCAUUUUUUUCUUUUUAUUAUGUCUGCUGUGGGUAAAUAUCAUUGUGACUGAUAUUUAUGGAGUUGAGUGAUCUGAAUAGUGUAAUAUAAAGAUAGAUUACUUAUUUGGCUAUUUUAUUAUUAUGGUAUUUAUGUAAUAACAAUGAUUAAUACUGAUUUAUAAACACAACUUUAAAUCACAUACUUCCACAUUUAUAAAUAUAUACAUAAUGACUUGUGAUUAUUCAUGAUACUUACAUUUCAGAUGAGAUCGGGCGCAUUCAGGGUGGUAUGGCCAUAAACGAUACUUACAUUUCAAACAAUUUACAGCCCAGUUAAAUUAUAUAAAAGGACAGAUGAUGUAUGCCCAAAAGGUAAAGUUACAAUUUGCUUUGGUAGAAUUUAACUUAGGUCUUUUAAAAUUUUAUAAGUUAUGUGAAAUAAUAUAGACAGAUCAUUUUUAAGAAUACAUAUAUCCAAAGAACCUGAAAGAGUUCUUUGUAGAAGGAAAUAAAAAGAUAGGCUUGCAUUUAUAUAGUUAGAGUAAGUCCUUCUCGUCCAUAAUGAAAUGUUAAAAUAGCCAUCUAUGACAAUAUGAAUAGGCAAGAAAAUAGCAUGGUCUUUGAAAAUAUUUAUGAGAACACAACUUCUGGCAACAGAUAAAGAAAUCUAAUAUCUUAAAAUAUGUGGUUCUCACUGUAUUGUAUACUUUUAUUUUUCCCCAAAGCUAAUCAAUUUUCAGGCCAUUUUUAUGAGUUACUUAUUGAACCACAGGUAAAUUCAACCUUUAAUAUUCAGGAUGAGAACAUGUUAUAAUUUAGAAACAAAAUAUGGGUUUUAAUUUUGAUAACAAAAUAAUAACUCCAGUUAAUGGAAAUCUGAGGGUCUUCUAGUUUAAGAGCAACAUGGUCAUCACCUACCCUAUUUAAGUCGACUCAUAAAAAAAUUCUGGCUGUAUAUAGUCAAAAGAAAUAGCUGGGCUAUGGUUGUUUGGUGCAGUGUUUGAAGCCUCCUAACUCAUAUGAAUAACUUCAUUAUCUGAUAGAUUACAGAAGUUGCCCAUAAAUGCAGCCUCACAUCACCAUUAUCACUGUUCUUUUGAUGCCACAAACAGGCACAGUCUUUAUCGCUGAAAAUCUAAACUCCACGAUGCAGAUAUUUUGUAUAUAUAUAUGGCUCUACUGAAUUUACAUAAGGAUGUAGUUUUGUACUGAAGGGAUAACCACUGACUCUAAUUUUAGGUGGCAUUUCUUUGUAGACACAUUUGUAUAAUACAGAGUUCUAAUACAUCAGUAAGAUGUUUUAAUGCCUUUUGAAAUAAUUUAUGAAAUCACCCAUCAAAGGACAAAAGUAGGCAUAUCACUGCUUCGAUAUAGAAUUAAGAAGAGAUGCAAUCAUGACAAUUAUCCAAAUAGUCUACUGUGUAUAUAACCAGAUAGAGAUAUACCUUUAAAUGUAGUUCUUUUAACCCAAUAUUUUCAGGGCUCAGUUAUGUAGAGGGAUUUAUUUGGGAUAUAGAGUGAUUCUUUCUGAGAUAAGUAGGGGAUGUUAGGAAGACAUUGUUCAAGUACUUGAAAAUUUAAUUUUCACAAUAAAUUGACCUAUGAACUAGAAUACUUUAAGUGACUACAGUACAGUUUUAGUGUGUGAGCCUAUCCUGGGGGAAAGUAAAUUAGGAAACAAAUAUGUGGCGCUAGUGUGGUAGUGUGCUGUAGAAACUAGCUACAAAAAGGUGAAGUUAUUAUAAGCAUAAAAGAAUAAAAGUGGACUCUGCUUAGAAAUUUUUAAACAUGUGUGUGUGUUUAUACACACACACAUAUACAAUUGUUUAGAAGUGGAACAUGGUAUGAUGACUCUAUUGAUAUGUCUAUGUAAUAAAAUGGUGUGCUUUAAAACUGCAUAUGGUGUGAACUCUCUUUUCAUCAUGAUAGAAAAAAGUAGUUUCCCCCACUAGGUUCUGACAUUAGCAGGGGACAGGGUG